AUGCGCUCCCAGCGCCCUGCCGCCGCCUCCUCGCUGCAGCUCCUCGGCCUCCUGCUGCUCCUGCUGCUGCAGCUGCCGGCGCCGUCGAGCGGCUCCGAGCCCCCCAAGGGGAAGCAAAAGGCGCUGCUCCGGCAGAGGGAGGUGGUGGACCUGUAUAAUGGAAUGUGCUUACAAGGACCUGCAGGGGUACCUGGUCGAGAUGGGAGCCCUGGGGCCAAUGGCAUUCCUGGUACCCCUGGCAUCCCAGGUCGGGAUGGAUUCAAAGGAGAAAAGGGAGAAUGCCUGAGGGAAAGCUUUGAGGAGUCCUGGACACCUAACUACAAGCAGUGCUCCUGGAGUUCACUGAAUUAUGGCAUCGAUCUUGGAAAAAUCGCAGAAUGUACUUUUACAAAGAUGCGUUCAAACAGUGCUCUGAGAGUUUUGUUUAGUGGCUCACUUCGGCUAAAAUGCAGAAAUGCAUGCUGCCAACGCUGGUAUUUCACAUUCAAUGGAGCUGAAUGUUCAGGACCUCUUCCCAUUGAAGCUAUAAUUUAUUUGGACCAAGGAAGCCCUGAACUGAAUUCAACAAUUAAUAUUCAUCGCACUUCUUCUGUGGAAGGACUUUGUGAAGGAAUUGGUGCUGGAUUAGUGGACAUUGCCAUUUGGGUUGGUACUUGUUCAGAUUACCCAAAAGGAGAUGCCUCCACUGGAUGGAAUUCUGUGUCUCGCAUCAUUAUUGAAGAACUACCAAAAUAAAGUCUUUAAGUUUCAUUGCCUACCCUGGUUUCAUUAUACUUUUGAAAGUUUUUAAAUGACAUUUUAUAUCAUUUUUAUGUAUGCAUCUGAAUGAAAAAUGAAGGUAAACGUGUUUACAGACCAACGUGUGAUUUUAUACUGUAUUUAUAUCUAGUGUUCAUUUUACAUCAAUCAAAAUGUUUAGGAUUUUGUAGUUGAUUAGAAUACUUUAAUAAUCCCAUUCCCUGAACCUAUCAUUUGGAGUCAUUGUGGUCUUUAGUUUUACCUUUUCUUUUAGUAUAGCAUUUUUAGAAAUAUGAAAGCUACCAGUCUUUAUGCAAGUUGUAAAUGUUCAAAAUUGUUUUAUAUCUGUUAAAUAAAACUUAUUUCAAACAACUUUAACAUCUUAAAA